GUGAGCGAGGGCAGCUUCGUGUGCGGCAUCUGCUGUGUCUCCCCGCACUGGUCUCGUUUUUUCUAUGUGCUGCCUUUUACGGGUUCAUUUCCACAUUUCAAGUACAAUUCCUCGUCGCCAUGUCUACUUUGUGCUACAACAAGGCCUGCGGGCAGCGGUUCGACCCGGAAAACAACCCGGAUGGAGGCUGCACGUACCACCCCGGCGUUCCGGUGUUUCAUGAUGCAUUAAAGGGAUGGUCCUGCUGCAAGAGACGAACCACCGACUUCUCCGACUUCCUCGGCAUUGCGGGCUGCACGAAAGGUCCCCACAACAAAGAGAAACCCCCCGAGCCGGUGAAGCCUGACAUGACCUCGUCGGGACAGAAGAAAGACGGCGACGAGCAGAAGCCCAAAUUUAGCGAGUACAUCAUCUCAGCGCCGAAGCCCCAGGAGGCCAUUUGCAGACCCAGCGCCGACGAGCCUGUGGUGAGGUUACAGCACAAAGUGUCGUCCUCUCUCAAGCAAGCUCUGGACAAGCUCAAGCUGACAGACAACUCACAUGCACUCAAACAAGAGGACGACAGCGAUGAGGUCAAAAUCGGAACGUCCUGCAAAAACGGAGGAUGCACUAAAAGCUAUGCUGGCCCCUCCUGUGACUCUGACGCGUGCUUCUUCCACUGUGGCUUUCCCGUCUUCCACGAAGGGAUGAAGUACUGGAGCUGCUGCAAGAAGAAAACCUCUGACUUCAACUCCUUCCUCUCCCAGGUGGGCUGUACCAAGGGCCAGCACCUGUGGAGGAAAAAGGACGAGGGCAAGAAGGUAGUGCCGUGUCGAUUCGACUGGCACCAGACGGGCUCGCAGGUCAUCAUCUCCAUCUACGCCAAGAACGCUUUGCCCGAGUUGAGCUUUGUGGACGCCAACAGCACCACGCUGCACAUCCACGUGGUCUUCGAGGGCGAUAAGGAGUUUGAGCAGAAGAUCAGCCUUUGGGGAGUGAUCGACGUAAGCCAGAGCGCCGUCAACAUGAUGGCGGCCAAGGUCGAGGUGGCCAUGAGGAAGUCGGGGGCCGUGUCGUGGGCUCGCCUGGAUCUUCCGCCGCCUGUGGCUCCAACCACGCGGCACCACGAGAAUAAAGGAGAGGAGAAGAGCGAUAGUGACGAGGAGGAGAACGAAUGAUACGAAGGGAGACCCCUUGGAACUUCUGCAGGAAUAUUCCACUAUUUCUGAACUUCUAUAGCCACAAAAUGUCAGGUGUGACUUCAUAAUGCUGGAUGACCACAUUUCCACUUGACUUUUAGCCCACUUUGUUUUUUACCUCUCAUUCCAGUUCAGAUUUCAGUGCCGAUUAAGCAGCAGUCAAUCAUGGUUCAGAAUGUUCAAGAACUGAAAAUUAGGUUUUGCACUUGAAUGAAUAUGUUGGAUUCAGUGAGUUUUUUGUUAGAAUUGUUUAUGUAAUUCUCUCUCUUGUCCUCUGGGUGGAAGUAAAGACAAGAAAAUGUAGUUAUUUACAAUGACGUACUGCAAUAUUCAUGUGUGGAUGCUGAAAUAUUAAAAUGACUUUUUGAAAAAUGA